AUGAUACACGAACCCGCAGGACCCCGUGAUUGGAGUCCCGUGGGAGUUUUGCCGGGAGUCUCGACUAGGUUCGAAGGCAGCGAAUGUAUUGAAGCAUUGAUUCCAUACGUCAAGGCUUUUUCCUAUACAUGGUUUAAUUUACAAAGUUCAAAGCGACGGUAUUUAAAACAGCAUGAAACACCAUUGCCGUACGAAUUGGAAAAAGGUUUAAAAGAAGAAUAUAUGCAUGAAUCAUACGAAAAUAAGAUUAAAUGGGCCGUCCGUAUUCUGGCAAAAUUGCGAAAAGACAUUUAUCGUGAUUGUCGACAAGAACUCGUUAAGACCAUAUCAAAUCAAUCUGUGAAUGGUCCGUGUAUUAUAAGUAAUCCGGAUACGAAAAACAAAAUGCGCCGUAUUGAUUGUUUAAGACAAGCCGAUAAAGUAUGGCGUUUAGACGUUGUUAUGGUUGUUUUAUUUCGUGGAAUACCACUCGAAUCAACAGAUGGUGAACGACUAACAAAAUGUAAAGAAUGUAAAAAUCCGGCAUUAUGCAUUAAUCCAUAUCAUGUUGUUCUACAUGUCAAAGAAUUAGAAGUGUAUUUAGUGAAUUAUAUUAAUGCUAAAGAACGUAAGGGUUCCAUAAGAGUUUUUAGUAGAAAAAUUGCUCAUGUCUGGCCUGAACAAGUCAAUUUUUUAUUUCUAGCCUCAAUUGACGAAGGUGGCUCAAUGAAAGAUGUAAUCGGUUCAGAUUAUCUUGGUUCAAUGUUGAAAAUGGAAACAGAUGAAUAUACAGAACAGAAUAUUCCCUCCCAACCAGACUUAUUGAAAAUGUGCCGUAGCAGAAAGCCAAGUUUAUCCGGAAGUCCACGAACAGCUAAACGUCGACGAACAAUUGCUAAUCCAAGUUCACAUGACGAAACAGACGGAAGAGAAGUUCCAGACGCAUCGGCAUCGAACGUUCAUUCUUAUGAUAUGCUAGAUUCAACAACUCCUUUUCAACAACGAAAUGAACAACCAGCAUUAAAAAAUGAACAAAAUAUCACGCAGUUAUCAUCAUCUUCUAUAACAAUAUCAUCAAAUAUAAAACAAUCUUCUUCAUCUUCACUUACAACAGCCAUGGGUGAUAAACAGUAUAAUGAAAAAUAUAAUCAAGUCGUCUGUUCUUGUUCAUCAGCUUCAACAAAUUACACUACGUUGACUACACCGUCAUCAUUUCAAAAACAAAACAAUGAUUCAUCGCGUCAACAGCCGGUCAUGUAUGGCUCACUAAGAAGUAUAUCUCCAAAAUCAGGUGUUAGUCUUCACAUAAAAGCUUCAACAUCUAAUCAGGAUAGCCCUAGCAAUGAUAUGUCACCUUAUCAGCAACAAGCACAAAUGCAGCCUCCUUCAUCAGGUUCUGAAAUUGUUGAUAAAGGUACUGAUUCGUCCAGGCCAUUUUCACAAAUUGGUAUUCACAAUCACGUAUCAUUAAAGUUGCAUUUUAAUAAUCAAACACCACAACAGCCAUCAGCUAUUCCUCCACCUGUACAAGUACCGAUUCAACCACAGACGCCUGCUCCCGUCCCAUAUACUACGAAUAUCUCUGAUUCAAAGGACGUUUCCGAUCGUUUAAUACAAACGCUUGUACAGCGCUUUCAGAAUAAUCAACAAAAAAGUACGUCGACUCAUCCUCACACUAUCGAAUAUUUUCGUCAAGAUUCUACAAAAUCAGGUUCGAUGAAUAAUCAAUCAGUAUUAGAUCAACAACGACCAUCAUCUUUAAAUAUAAUAUUCUCAUCACACAAUAACAAUUCAACAACGCCUGUACCAUCGACAUCAUCAACUCUGUCAAAUGGACCAACAAUUCCUCAACAUCAAAAAAGUUCCUUUAUACAAUCAACAAAUAUUUUGACAGCUAAACAACAAGAAAUGAUUCAUCAAAUGCCUCAGCAACACCGAUCAACACAACAACAAAGUUUUGAUCAAUCGAAUUUAUUAGAACCAUUACAUAAUACAUAUUCGUCAAACAAGAAUACAAAUUAUACGGCAAGAUUCAGUGAUUUCAAGUCUUCUCCAAAUAUGAUGAAUGAAGGAAAACAACAGGAUUCACAGCCAUCGUUGCCGAAGGAACCGGUCAACAAUGAUAUGAGUUCAAAUAAUCUUUUACGUUUGACGUCAACUCAUCAGCAUCAAAGUUUACCACAAUUUACUACGUUAGCAGAUUUAAAAGAAUAUUUACAAAAAAUGGGCCUUGUCAUUGAAUUAGUACCAACCGAUCAGCCUUCUCCCACUCAGUUAAAAAACGUACCUACUUCAACACUGCCACCUCCCCCUCCACCAUCCACAGCAAAGUCUGUUAUACAAUUAGAGCGAGAUCAGGCCGUAAGAAGCGGAGCAAUUAGUGGUAUGUCAGAUCAUGGGCAAAUAGUAUUAAAAACUCAACCACAGGUUGUAAUGGUUAUGAAUAACAAUUCACAACGUUUAAUGUCAAAUAUACGAGAAGAAAAUGGUGGACGUGUACAAGAACAACAACAACAACAGUCUUCUCGUUCGAGUUCAAUUGAAAAAUCAUUGUCUGUUCCACCAUCUGUUUUGACCGAAAAACUCCUGGAAUAUGCUGCAACUACAUCGAAUAAUCAACAAUAUCAACAAAAUUCAUCAAAACAAAUUGUAUCGAAUAUAGCAAAUUUGUUAGUAAAAACAACCGAUAAAGAACAGUCUGUUCUUUCACCUACUCAAUCUGUUAUUCAAAUAACACAAAAUAAUCAUGUUCAACAAAUAACACGUUCUACAGUACCUUCUGAAACAUAUCGUUCAUCCACUAUACAACAACCUCAACAUCAACAAAUGUCUUCGGUUGACCAUACUCCAAUUAUAAUACCAACCCGAACACAAAUAGUCAAUAAUCCAAUGGAUUCAUAUAAUAAUAACAGCAAUAACAACAACAACAUGAAAUCUUAUAACAAUAUGGAUUUAAUUCGUUUUCAACAAGCACCACAGUCACAUUCCUCAGAUAAUCGUCAUUUAAGAAUGAAUUUGGACGAUAAGACUCAAAAAAUUACUCCCGAAAAAGUGAGACGUGAAUUAACAUCGACUUUAUUUAAUUUGCACCAUCAUUCUCAUCAACAUCAUGAUAUACCAUUGUUACAAGAUCAUGAUGGACAUUUACACGAUCGCGAAGUUGAAGAAUUUAUGAUCGGCAAAGAAUCUAUAACUAAAGAUGCAACAAAGUUAAAAUUGUUUCAUAAUAAAAGUGAUGAUGAUAAGAUGUCGACAACACAAACAAUGAUAACAACAGGAUCAAAUGACAGUAAUAGUUGUACGCCGAGUACGAUUACAAUAAAUAAUAAUAGCAACGAUAACAACAAUAGCAACAAUCCAAAUGGAAAUCAUAAUAAUAACAGUAAUAAACUAAAUGCACAAGGACACGCAUCAAAAUCAAGUGGUCAAUCAAUUUGUGAAUUAUUAAUGCUUUUAUACGAACAAGAACGUACACGUAGUACACAAUUGCAAAAACAAAUUGAUCAAGUUAGCCGACAACGAUCAAGAAAUUCUAGUGGUCAAUCAAGUGAAUCACAAACAGGACUAGAAACACCUCACGGAUUAGACAAUCGUCAUGGAGCACCAUUGAGUCCAGCCGCGUGGGGAUUAUCUGGUAGUGCUUCAAAUAGCAAUAGCAAUAGUAAUAGUGCGAGUACCAGUCGAGGAGCUAAUGGAAAAGAAAAAUCAAUGAAUAUAUUAAAUGGUCUCAGUCAAAUGCCUUCUCAUGCGUUAAAUCGUCCAUUAAAAUUUGAUCCAUCUUAUAAUGGUGAUUCAGAGUCACAAGAUCGAGAUUUAAAUGAGUGUUCACCACCAGACUCAAAUAAAAACGCUAUUAGUCCAACAAAAGUGACACAGUUUAGUGCUGUAAUUCCAUCACAAAGUAUACCACGUCCUGUACCAUUAAUUCAAACGCAAGACGGUCUUGUUCGGCAUACAACAACAACAGCAACAACAAAUUCUUCAGUUAAUACAGGAAUGACAACAAAUUCAACUGCGAAUGGUCAAUUUUUCUCACCGAGUAAUCGCGUUUUUCAAAGUCCAUUGUCUCAACUUUUUCAAAAUGCCUUAAGUCCAGCUGCAUGUGGCGUAUUGAGUCCAUUUUUAUCACCAUCGACAAGUAGAAGCGACACGCCAUCCGAACUUAUAUUACCACAUGAUUUAAUAUCAGUAUUAAAUAGUCGUGUGUGGUCUGAAGAAGACUUACUUAACGCAUUUAUCAAGAAUUUUGACCCAUCAGUAUUAGUCAGAUACGUUCGUAAUAAUGUAUUAUCAAAUGAGAUUAAUAUUGGUUUGGAAACAAACUUUAAAUCGAUUUAUUCACAUACAGACCUUUAUGGAAAUAAAAACAUUGAAAUAGAGCGUAUUCAAGUUGAUGAAACAUUAACAGACAAAUAUGGAUUGAAUAGUGAAAAAGCAGUUGUUUAUAGUCAUUUAUAA